AUGAUUUACCAUCUUCAAAGCAACUCUCCUUCCCUCAGGGGAGUCCACCUCAUGUGUGUCACGCUGGCCUUGCUGGUUAGCUCAUCGAUUGCUUCUGGCGGCAGUAUUUCAUCGACGCACAAAAAUCCAUCUCCACAACAACAGCAACAACAUUUGCCUAAACCACAGCAACAGCCACAGCAUCAACAAUCGCAGUCUGCCGAGCUUCAUCAAAGUAUGCAUCAACAAAACACCAACUUACAAAUACGCCCACACGAGCAACAUGAACGCUUGACAGCGCUACCGCAUUUACCAACAAUAUCAAGUAGCAACAAUGAUGCGGCCAAUCAGGAGUACGCAAUGAAAGAUGUUGGCGUCGACGAGGAAAUGCAUGAUCCGUAUCAAUAUUUAAACGACUUGAAGGUUGAACCACGUUUGACUGCCGCAAAUAGUAUGCCUUAUACGCCAUCCAAUCAACCGCUUACGCACAUACCAACGAUGCUGACCAGCUUUCCCUAUGCACCGUAUAAUCAGUUUGGCAACGCUUUAUCACCACCUUUGGCGACACCUCGGCUGGUGCCUUUCUUUAGCUAUCCUCAGCCGGUUUUAGUACCGCUGCCUAUGUACUUUGCGCCCACCGAUUUACUUUAUCCAGGUUACACGGGCACAAACAGUGAAAUCGACGAAUCUAUGUCUCGCGCUGUUGGUGACCAAAGAGCAGAAUCUUCUCAUUUCGAUUCCUCGCCAACUUCGGGGUCCAGUACACCAACGGCGCGCAACUCACAAAUCUUUAUUAUGCGUUUUGCCCCAAUGCCGUAUAUGUUUAUGCAAGGCUUGGGAUUUUCACCCGCUCAACCAACUCUUUCAGCCUUACAACCGUAUACUGCAUUGCCUACUUUUAGCCCGAUUUUGAAUAUACCCUUGAAUUUCAUGGUGAAUGGCAAACCGACAAGUAUAUAUCAGAUAGGCAGCACACCAAAUGAUUUUCCUAAUUCCGUGCAGUUCAAUAAUGUGAAUCCGUUUGGUAUACGCCCUCCCGCAACGUCAUCGCAACAAUUUUCACUAGCUGCCGCUAACAGACCAACUGCCACAGAUAUUGCUAACAGUUAUUCGUCACAUGGAUCGUAUGGCGCGAACACUCUACCACAACCGAUUUCAAAUUCACUUCAACAAGACUCUAAAAUGACGUUACUUAAACGACCGUUCUUCUUCAAUGGAAGACCAGAUGAUAUCUACACAUUACCGAACAACUUUAAUUCACUCUACUCGAAUUCGGCUUAUUAUUAA